UUAAUUUUCGUCGUUAACCAUGUGUUUUCUUGUAGUGAUUUCUAAAACUGAAUUAAUGUCUCUGAUGAAAAUAUAUUACUAUAUGUUUUUCAGGAUAUAUCGACUGAUAAGCAAUAUUAAUUCAUUCCGAGAGAUAAGUAACACUAAUAAUGUCAAUAUAUAUAGUUAGGAAACUUCAAAUGCAUUUUCUCGAAGCGAACUAGAUGGAAUUUUGGUCCAGGAGUUUUUGGCCAGCCCUAGCUAGUGCUAUACAUCAAAAGGUUAAGUAUGCUUACGUUGUGGUAUACCGAAUCAAUAAGUGAACCGGUCAGCCAUUUCUUCGGGAAACAGAACCGGGAAGGGUUACAGGCAAGUGGAGCCACGCGCACGAGCGCUGGUGGUGAACUUUGUCAUCUGGUAAAGAAUAAUAAAAAAUAUUUAAACGAUCAAAACUUCAGCUAGAAUCCAAAAGCAAAGGAGAAGAAGGUAUCAUGUGCCAUUUUUGAGUUAUUAUUAUUAAAAACAUGAAUAAGUAAGAACCAGAAUUAAUAAAUAAAAAGUUCAAUAAGAAAGAAACAGAAAAAAUCAUUUUUCCUCUAUCUUUCUGCAAGAUGUCCAUGAUGAUUAUUAUUAGAGAGAGACAGGAACAACAAGAAACCAUCUAGAAGAAGGAAACAUAAUUGUAUUGUUUUUAAGGGAGGUAAGGGCAUCUCCUUCUUCCCGUUGGGAUUCUUAAUAUACGUGUUAUAUAUAUGUAUGUAUAUACUUCUUCUGUUUUUUAAUAUUACAUAUUCUAGAAACAAAUUUUGUUUUAAAAAGAUCUAUUUUUUACAUUUUCAAGACAUGUUUUAUUAACUAAUUGCAAAUUUCAAAAAACUUGAUUGCAUUUAUUGAAUUGUUAUUGGCUUAAAAUUAUAAAACAAAGAUAAACACAAAAAAAUAUGCAAAUUUAAUGUGUUUUAUUAAAAUGUGUGAAAAAUCUAGAAUAUGUAACAUUAAAAAACAGAUGGAGUAUUAUAUAUGUAUAAGUAAUGGUGGGGUACACAAUUUUUGUGGAACCCUAUAGAUAAUGAUUCUUAAAAGAAAAUUUUAAGAAUCGGUAAAUAUCCUUAUUUUUGGAUUUACACAAUAAUUAUAGACUCCACAAUUAUUUACACAUAUAUAUUAUGUAUUAUUUACACAUAUAUAAUAUAUACAUAAUAAUAUAAUAUAUUUAUUAAGAAAUCCAACGGGAAUAAACCCCAUCGGAGAUUGUUUAAGAAGAUCCAGAAGAAGCUCCAAUAGCACAAGAAACAUCUGUUAGGACCAACAUAAUAUCAGGUUUUCUAGAGAGAGAAAGUUAGAUUUUGCACAGAGAGAGAGAGAGGAACCAAAAGAAAGUAAAGAGUUGCAGUGUUCUUUUUCUCCUCCUGUGAGCAGAAAGAAAUAAAGUCAAAAGUUACAGUAGAUUGCAAGAUCCUUCUUCUUCUCUGCUCAUCAGAGAUUUUGUUUUGUAGAUUUUUUUUUAUAAAAGAAGGAAUCGUUUAUAGGUUUAUGGUUGUAUGCAUUGGACUUGUGUGAUGUGUUGUUUACUUAUUAGGGAAUAGAAACAAUUUUUAUUCAUUUCUAUUAGUUUUUUUUUUGUAUUUAUAAUUUGUAAAGAUUAGGGUUUUGAUUUAUAUCAGCUGUGGCAACCACGAGGAGGCAUAAUCUACCGACGUCGGAUUCCGGUGCCUUCACGGACUGGACGGCGGCGGCAACGACAUCUUCCCGCGCCACCGAGGAUCUAUCUCUUGGUUUCAAUGCUGGUCCCGCCGUUGUCCACGGUGGUUUAGCCUCAGCUUCCGCCGCCGCCGGCGUUCCAUCAUGGCCUCCUGGAUCCUCUGUCCGUUACAGCCUCCCGUCGUCGGCGGCGACGGAGAUGGGCAUGGUCGGUCUAAGAGACGUCUACCUUGUUGCUCCGGCGUACCACCACCACCAGAACGUUGGACUUGUAGCAGGAUCCGAUCAGAUUAACAGUAAUGCAGCGGCGGCGUCGCUUGGCGUCGGAGUUAUUCCUCUUCUCACAGCGGCUCAGGCGCAGCAGCAGCAUCAAAUCGUGGAGGACACCGACAUUAACUUCCUCGGAAACAGCCGGAGAUGGCAGAACAAUGACAGCAGCAACAACCAGACGGAGUAUCUUCACUUCAAGAGUACGACGGUGGCCUCGACUUCGAACAACUCGGGGUCGGGCUCAGCGGGAACCGCCACGUGUCAAGACUGUGGUAACCAGGCCAAGAAAGAGUGUAAGCAGAGGCGGUGCAGGACGUGCUGCAAGAGCCGUGGCUUUGAUUGUUCGACUCACGUGAAGAGCACGUGGGUCUCUGCGGCUCGUAGGAGAGAGAGGCAGGUCAUGCCCACAACGGCUGGCUCGUCUCCUUCGACCUCCUCAGGGACCAAGAAGCCGAGGAUCGCCGGGGCUCAACAACAAGCCACUUCUCAUACUUCAACUUCUAACACGCCUCCUCAAAGUUUCGAUACCAGUUCCAGCCAAAAAGGUAUUAUUACAUUUUAUUAA